ACUGUCAGCCAUAAUUAGGAAAGUACAUUGAAAGAAAUGCAGAAAAGUAGUACUGGACAAAACAAAGAGUGAGGGAUUUACAACUGCUCUCUAUAAAUACAUCAAGAGGAGGGGGAAGAAGGGCAGGGCAAAUACUAGGGAGGCAAGAAGCUAUUUAAGUUACCAGACAAUGUUGUCAUUAAAAUAAAUGGAUAUAUAUUGGAAGUUAGUCCAUCCAGGCUGGAGCUGAGGCAGUUUCCAGCUAUGAGAAGGGUGAAGUCUCUGAAACAGCCUUCUAGGAAGAGUGACAGGGACAAGCCACUGUAGGUGUGGGUACCACAGGAAAAUGGAAGUGAUUUGCUUGCAAACUGGAUGAUACAGAUUCACGUGGCUCCUGUGGAAUGCCAGCACUGAAAACGAAUGGGGAUUGAAUUGCUUUGCCUCUGUUUCCUAUUUCUGCAAAGAAAUAACUAUGUGCAAGGGACCUGUUCUCAGGAAAGCACAGUGACUUGUGAAGAUUGUUUGCUUUCUGGACCACACUGCGCUUGGUGUUUGCAAGAGAAUUACACAGACUCAUCUGAAAUUCAUGGGAGGUGUGAUACCCUGGAAAAUCUUUUGUCCAAAGGAUGCCAGUUGGAUUUGAUUGAGUUUCCCAUUUCAGAAGUAGAAAUUCACAGAAAUGAUCCCCUAACUGCAUCACCCCAGAAGAACAGUUCUGAUGUCACACAGAUUUCUCCCCAAAAAUUAACUCUGAGGCUGCGACCAGGACAUGAAGAAACGAUACAGAUCAAGGUUCGCCAGACUGAAGAUUAUCCAAUUGACCUCUACUACCUCAUGGAUCUUUCAGCUUCCAUGGAUGAUGAUCUGAAUACGAUCAAAGAACUGGGUUCAACUCUUUCCAAAGAGAUGUCAAAACUGACAAGCAACUUCAGACUGGGGUUUGGAUCUUUUGUUGAAAAACCAGUUUCACCGUUUAUCAAAACUACAGCUGCAGAAAUAAACAACCCUUGCAGAAGUGUACCAUAUGAGUGUUUACCCACCUUUGGAUAUAAAAAUGUUUUGCCACUAACAAAUGAUACUGAAAAAUUCAAUGAAAUUGUGAAAGGACAGCGAAUUUCUGCUAAUAUAGACACUCCAGAGGGAGGAUUUGAUGCAAUUAUGCAGGCAGCUGUUUGCAAGGAAAAAAUUGGAUGGAGGAAUGAUUCUCUACAUCUGCUGGUGUUUGUGAGUGAUGCUGAUUCCCAUUUUGGGAUGGACAGUAAACUGGCAGGAAUUGUUAUUCCUAAUGAUGGGAAUUGUCAUUUGGACCACAAUAAUGAAUAUUCCAUGUCAACUGUUCUGGAGUAUCCCACAAUUGGACAAUUAAUUGACAAACUUGUGCAAAACAAUAUUCUAUUAAUUUUUGCUGUAACAAAUGAGCAAGUUCACAUAUAUGAGAAUUAUGCAAAGCUUAUUCCUGGUGCUACUGUUGGACGACUGCAGAAAGAUUCUGGAAAUAUUCUCCAGCUGAUCAUUGCUGCUUAUCAGGAGCUGAGAUCUGAGGUUGAAUUGGAGAUCCUGGGAGAGACAGAAGGGCUCAACCUCUCCUUCACGGCCAUCUGUAACAAGGGGACCUUUUCUCCACAUCAGAGGAAAUGCUCUGGGGUGAAAGUGGGAGAUACAGUCUCCUUCAACGUGACUGUAAGUCUCUCUUCUUGUGAGAAAACCAGAAGGCUGAUCCAGAUGAAGCCGGUGGGGCUGGGAGAGGUGCUGGAGCUGGAGGUCGAAGCCGUGUGCGGCUGCAGCUGCCAGGCGCGGGCGGAGCGGCAGAGCCCGCGGUGCAGCCAGGGCCAGGGCGCGCUGCAGUGCGGGGUGUGCGUCUGCAGCCCCGGCUUCGUGGGGCCGCGCUGCGAGUGCCACGAGAGCUCGCUGGGCAGCGGCUCCUGCUCCUGCAGCGGCCGGGGCGAGUGCCUGUGCGGCCGGUGCCGCUGCCACCCGUCCCCCUACGGAAAGGUGUACGGGCCCCGCUGCGAGUGCACCGACUUCUCCUGCCCGCGGCACCGCGGGCUGCAGUGCGCAGGCAAUGGUGACUGUGACUGUGGGGAAUGCAGGUGCCACAGUGGAUGGACUGGUGAAUACUGUAAUUGCACCACUGAUACCAGCAGCUGCGUUGCUGAGGAUGGAACCCUGUGCAGUGGGAGAGGUGAAUGUGUCUGCGGGACAUGUGCUUGCACCCAUCCAGGGGCUUUGGGCCAAACGUGUGAAAAAUGCCCUCUCUGCAGUGACCCCUGCAGCUCCAGAUGGAGCUGUGUGGAAUGUCACUUGGCUUCUGAUGACAAGUCACUGGGAGAUUGCAGUGAAAAAUGCAAAUUGGUUGAUGCAACUGUCAGCAUGGCAAAGGAUUAUUCAGAGGAUAAAUCCAUUUCCUGCUCUUUGCAGGGGGAAAAUGAAUGUAUAACCACAUUUCUACUGGCUGUGGAUGAACAGGGAAGGACAGUCAUUCACAGCAUAGAACAGAAAGAUUGUGCACAGCAUCCAAAUAUCCCAAUGAUAGUGGUGGGUGUCACCCUUGCUAUCACUCUCAUUGGCAUUGUUUUACUUUGUAUAUGGAAAUUACUGGUGUCAGUUCAAGACAGAAAAGAGGUGGCCAAGUUUGAAGCAGAAAAAUCCAAAGUCAAAUGGCAAACGGAAACAAAUCCACUGUACAGAGGCUCAACAACUACUUUUAAAAAUGUGACUUACAAGAACCAAGAUAAGCAUAAAAGGCCCAUGGCUGCAGAUUUCUAUUAACACCUCUAACACUACAAACUUAGUUUUACUGGCAGGAAAUCUAUAUCUAGACUUUUUUCUUCUUAGUUGAUUAUGUGAUAUUUGAUUGCAAGUUGCAGUGGUAUAGCCAUUCUGUUAGAGAAUAUAUAUCUUGUGUUGGGACAAAUAAAGAUAACAUAUUAGUAGUAAAGGUUAGUAGAAAUAUUUUUUUAAUGACCCUUUAUUGUUAAAGCCCCCAUCUUAAAAAAAUGGCAUCACAAAUAAUUUUAGUUUUGUCUUCAAUACCAGGGAUUAUAAAUUAUCAUGUAAGCUUAUUUUUUGUUAAAUUAGAUAUAUACAGUGAACUUUAUACUACUUUGUUCAUACACAGGAUCCCAUAAAUUAGAUUUUAGGAAUGUAUUUGUAGUAGUCUAUUAGGUGAGCUGGUUUAAAUUUAGAAAAGAUAAUUUUUUUCAUGAAUGCAGUUUAAACUACUGAGGAUUGAGCUUUCUCAUAUCACCUGACUGAGUAGUUUCUCACCAGAAAAAAAGUAGUGAAGUAGUGAGAUUGCCUGUCUUCAGUAAAUGUAAGUUAUACAGAAACAUUUCUUCUCUAAUUCUUAUUUCUUCUCCGGUUUCUCUCUUUCCUUUUCCUUUUUUCUUUUUGAUGUUCUUUAAGGACUUAGAUCCUGGGAUUAUCUAAGGGAAAGUUCAAUCAAGACUUAUUCACUUUUUUUUGGUAUUUUUAAUUCUAGUAAAAAGGAUAUAGAGAACAGAGAAAAAGAUAAAUAUUGGUAAAUUAGAGACACUUUUAAACCAAAGGAUUGGCAGAACUCCAUUUCACCAUCUACAUCCUGUAAAUGAUUUGGGUGCUCACGAUGCACUUCACUUGCUGGACCAUCACACAAAGUGGCUCAGGAGCCCUGUGCAUGCAGAAAUGUUCACACAAAAGGUUUAUUAUCACAUACAAAGACAGCACUCUUUUGUUGAUAUGUCCAAAAAUUGUGAGGUUCUUCCAAUGCCCAGCAGCCAAACUGAUAUUCUUGUGCACAACAACAUAUUCAACUCUUUUGGGCUGGGUUGUUCAGUUUUGGGUUUGGUUUUUUUUCCCCCAAACUAAACAACAAAAAGAUCUAUGUAUUUCACUUCAUAUUCUUUUCCAUUAUGUUAAUAAGAAAUUUUAAAUCUCCAUUUUAGUUAAUUGCAAAUGACUUGCCAUAAAUUUUUAAAUUGUAAUCUGUUAGCAUAGAUAGUACUGGAUAAAGAAAGUAUAAAAGUAGCCAACAUACUGGCAUAGAAAAAUUACAGCAUUUGGCUAUUUAAAGGUAGCAAUAAUAAACUUUACUUUUCCUAUCACUUUUCAGCUGCAUUUUUUGCUACUCUGAAACAGAUGGUCAAAAUGUACAUAGGAAGGUACUUAGAAAAGAAGACUUAAAAAUCAAAAAUACUUUGACGCUGUUACAAAUGAUCACGUACAUUCCCUAAGGUAAACAGGGAAUCUGAUCUGCAAAAGUAUUGAUCUGAAUGUAUUUGAUCUGAAAACAUUGAUGUCCAUUUUGUAAUAAAUAUUUACCAAGUCUGUGCAACUUCAGUCUCCGUGUCCUCCACAAUUUCUGGAACUGAGACUGGUAUAUUAGCUAGCUCUGACCCAUGCCUGUUUUAGGGCCUGAUCCAAAGCCUGCUGGAGUCAAUGGCUACAGAUGUGGAUCUGGUUUCAGUGAAACUAUUAGCUUUGGUUUACAAAGAUUGUUUUGUUCAAACAAACUGGUUAACGCUGUCUAUUAGUGAAUUAGAGUUUAUAGCACAUAUAUCUGUGCAAGGAGAAAUAGUAUCAGAUGCCUUUGGAAAGGUGAUGCUAGAACCUUGUAUUAAGUACAAAAGUAUAUCAGAGUGAUGGAAAUGAUGGCUGUGAUUAUACUGGAACAGAUUCACAUCUGUGUUCUGGCAUUCCUGCAUAUCUCAUAGUGGAAACUGCACAGAUAAAGGCUCACAUCUGUGACCCUUCCCACCACUAGACUCCCACAGAUGUCAGUGCAAGUUAUAUGUGGGACCAAAUCCCAUUUCCCUGGCAUGUGGAUAAACUCAUGGGAUGCAAAGCUGGCCCCUGAAUCUGCUCAGAUUCUGCUUGGGCGAGGAUUGCCUAAGGGAGUAGGGAAAUCUGGAUUUCACUUGUAUAGGUUAUCUGUUACUCAUUUGUUUCUCAUGUAGAAGUUAUCAAAUUGUAAACUUUCUCUGAAAGAAAAUUUUUUUAUUACUUUUCAAGUAAUAAAAAUCUAUACUGUUUAUUAAAUACCUUUUAAGUUCUGUUUCUGAGAUCUGAUUUUGCUGCUCAAUAUUAGGAUUAAAUCCUUUCUCCUGUAGGCCACCUAUUUCAAUAUUCCAACACAUCUCAGCUUUCAAAUGUUAAUAAUGAAGUGGUGCUUGCAUUUCAUAUCAAAUGGUUGGUGCUCUACAUUCCCUGAUGCUACAGAAGAUCUCAUUUCACAGACCUCAUCCUCUUCCCAUCACUUGUGUCUUCUGAUCAUCAGCAGAGAUCCAAUCUAUGUUUACAGCCCAAUUGCUCCUGAUGACAAUCUCUCUCCAAAUUAUCAAAGAUGUACUGGAGCCAGGUGGGAUGAUUUGCCAUUUCCCUGCUGUGACUGACUGUACUGUAAAUUUUCUGUGCACCUCCCAAGUUGUCAGGAUGGAAAUCACUCAAACAAUUAAUAAUUCAUCAGAAGGGAGAAAAUAGAAGGAUUUGGUGAGGAAGGUUUCUAUUAUUAAGGGAUAUCAAAUAACUCAACACAUACAUAAGCCAUCCUUUAACAGCAUUAAUUUAGAUCAUAAAUUUUGACUAAACUCCCAGAUUUCAAAAACUUUGAGGAGUUCACUUAGCAUUCAACCUAGAAACAAGAGUGGUAUUCAUCCCUUUUUGCUAACUAUAUAAUUUUCAUCGUGUUGAAUUUGUAUCAAAGUUCAUAUUUUUCUCUUUUUAAAUUUUUUUCUCCACCAAGCUAUAAGUGAGUUUGCACGUGGUGAGAUGAAAAAGUCUUUCUGCUGUUUUGACCUGAGGCUGGACCUUGAGAGUGGCCAAAACAUUUUCUAGUAGUUAUAGUUCUAUUCACUAAUGACUUAAAUUGAAUAAAUGAAUAAAUAUUAGCAAUUUCAUAUGUAUGUAUCUGAUACACCCUAUAGAAUAGUAAUUUCAGUAAUGUAUGUUAAAUGGGUAAUUUUUCAUUUGAUUUAUAAAAGGUACAUGUUAAUUUGUAUUGUAGAUGUCCAGACUGCAUUCAAGUUUGUUUUGUAAUGUAACUAGUGGAUAAUGAGUCUGGGACACAAGAUUUGGGUGUCAAGUGCAAUGCUCCCCAUGCCUCAUCUGCCUUUAUGUAGAAGUUCAAGUUUGUUUUGCAAUGUGUGUAUAAUGGAGUUAUUGCCCCCCAAAACUUAUCACACAAAAUCUAAAAAUAAAAAGAAGAGAAAAUUUUUAGCUUCAUCUAUUUGAACAAAACCUGUAAAUUAUUCAACUUGUUUUUGUAAAAAAGGAGUUACUUCACCUUGAAUAAAGAUUGCAAAAUUGAA